ACGGCGUGCGAUGCGCUAGUAUAAAUAGCUGACACUUGACUUGGCUUUCGUAUAGUCAAUGCAACAUGGGCUCGCGCACUGGAACUUGGAUUUUAUUGGGCCUAGUGGCCGGCGUCGCCUCUCUGGCUACUGCUGCGAAUGUUCCGCAAUCCGAUGAGCAACAGAUUCUGCAGAACAAUGGGCACACUUUCCUAUCAAACGGAGCUGGACAGAUCAUCCGAGGAGCAGAUGGCAAAACGAUCUUGAUUGGAUCGGAUGGCAACAGGAUCGUUGUGAACGAUGCUUCCAGCGAAGAGGACUCAUACCAGGACUACGGACAGGUUAAUAGCAACGUUAUUAUCAACGGCCAGUCGGGAUCCAGCCUAAUUCAGAGCGAUGGCCAUAACUUCAUCUAUGGCGACGCAAGCCAGGGAAGUUAUAUCAACAGCAAUGGACGCAGUGUGCGGAUCAUAAACGGAGCAAUCGAGCUGAAUGAACAUGGACAGGUGUACACGUUCCAGCCAAAGGCAGCGGGUGUGAACGAGAAGGAAACGGUGGACAUCAACGGACAGCCGGCCCAGGUGGAGUACUCCAAUGGCGAUAUCGUCAUCGAACUGGCCGACCACACGGUGAUCGCCAAGAUAGGUGGCCGCACAUUCCUGGGCGAUCGCUACUCCUUCGACAACCGCGACAAGCUGGAGGCCGACGCGAAGAACUACGCCCAGCGAAUCGAGCACGAGGUGAGGACCAGUGUCCAGAAGUCCAUGGAGGAGCUGAACGCAGAGCUUCAGCGAACCCUGGGAAACCUGUUCGUCUAGGACCAAGUAAUUGUACAUAAAACGCUCUAAAUAAAGCGCAUUUGCAGCAUA